AACUACACCUCCCAUCAUCUCCUGACAGACUAUGUCCAGCAAAUGCAAUAAUGAUCCUGUGGCUCUCCCCCUACGUCAAAACUACAACUUCCUGCAUAUCCUGAGAGCCUUCGCCUGCAAGGACAUGAUGGGAGUCGUAGUUAUGCAACAGCGAGGGAGCCACAGUUUGCGGAGCACUGCAGUAGUGGCCAUUUCCCGUCCAGUAUCUACAGUAGGUGUAACAUGUUUGUGUCCUGCAGGGGGCGUCCGCUACCAGUGCAGACAUAGACGGAAGAAGCUCUGCGUAGCCUCCCCUUCCCCUCAAUGCUCUCGGGGCAGCGAGGGAAUCGGUGAUCGAGUCACAGAUCGGGGGGUCAUCGUCGGCAGGAAUUCGGGGAUUCGUGCUGGAGGGGGGCGGCUCCCCCAUUCGCUACCAUCACCGUUUACAUCCGCUGACAUUACACGGGCUGCCAGCUUGUCCAGCUGGGUCUUGUAGUCCUACCACAGCCAUAUUUACAGCGGCCGGGCCCGACAGCAGGGAAUCACUGGAACAAUCAUGAUGGGCAAAUCAAGCCACUGUAGUUAUGUGCUUCAGCAGCUUUACAACCAGAGAGAAUGGGGUUUUUUGUGUGACUGCUGUAUCUCCAUCAAUGACACCUACUUCCAAGCCCACAAGGCUGUCCUGGCCGCCUGCAGCUCUUAUUUUAAGAUGAUGUUCAUAAAUCAUCAACACACUAUGGCGCAGAUAAACCUUACCAACACCAAGAUCAGUGCUGAAUGUUUUGACCUGAUAUUACAGUUCAUGUACUUGGGUAAGAUCCUUAAAGCCCCUGAAAAUUUUGAACAAUUGAAGCAUGCCAUGAGUUACUUGCAGCUCUAUGUUAUCCCUGAUUGCCUUGAAGACAUACAGGAAAGUGAUGCUUCCAUGAAAUGUUCCUCUUCCGCAUCAAGUAGCUUGAGUAGUAAAAUGGUUUUUGGUGUCCGUAUGUAUGAGGAACCCAAGGCAAAAAGCAGAGAAGAGCCAAGCAGGUGGCCAUCGGAGCCUUUAUUACCUGUAAAUGCAGUUCCUGACAGGCAGCCUGAACAAAGUGUGCCUCUUGCAGUGCGUAAGCAAAUGCAGAACAUCUGCAAGAAAACUCCUUCCCCCAAAAUGUCCAACACAAGAGAUCGUGGGAGCAGACGCUUUGGACGCAGUUAUACUUGUGAAAGCUGCGGCUUCGCAUUCAGUUGUGAAAAACUUCUCGAAGAGCACUCUCAGACCUGCACCAAUAGGCAUUUCUUCCAAAAUAGAGAACACUCUAGUAAUGAUCAAAGCCAGAGCGGGAGUGAAUCGCCAGUCUCAAAGUUUUCUCCAAGCCAAGACAACUUGCAUAAAGCAGACUCAAGUCAAUGUGUGGAGGCAUCUGUGUCUUCUGAAGGCACAAAAAAAUCAUCUCUCACUGUAGACCAAAUUAAAAGUGAAACCAUAGACACUACUGAGAAAACCCCAGUAAUUAUUAAGAUCGAAUCCGAUGAGAACUCCAUUGUGGAAAUGGAAGAUAUUAAUAUUGUGAAAAUUUCGGCUAAAGAUUAUUUUGAGUCUUCUGACCUUGAUGACUUGGAUGAGGACACAGAUGAGGCACUUGGCUACUACAUUGGUGAACAAUAUAAAAGUUCAAAUGAGAAAUCUUUACAGCAAGCUUUGGUUAGCUGUAAAAAAGAUGUCCGCUUUUUGGAUCAGGAUGGUGCAGAGACCAGUGAGGCUUCAUGUGAUAUGUCAUGUGAACUGUGUGGUGCUACCGUCACUGAGCAUGACCUCUCCUCCCAUUAUCUGUCUCAACAUAUAGAAAAUAUAUGUGCCUGUGGCAAAUGUGGACAAAUUCUUGUGAAAGGUAGACAACUUCAGGAACAUGCCCAAAGAUGCGGAGAAUCUCAAGAGCGUCUUGAGAGGAACAUCGAUGAGAGAGUACACUUUGAAGAUGGCAUUGAGGAGUCUUCAGGAAUGGGAGAGGUGCUAGCAGACAUGUGGGAUGAUUUAAGUGAAGGGGGCAUUGGUACGACCAAACAGAUUUAUAAACAUUCCUCUUGCCCUUAUCGCUGUCCUAACUGCGGGCAACGUUUUGAGGGAGAAAACCUGGUGGUAGAACACAUGUCUCAGUGUGUGGACCAUGAAGUCUUCAGAAGCGCAAUUUCUGAUGAUAAUGAAAAAGAUCAUCGGCGAAAACAUUUCUGUGACAUUUGCGGCAAGGGCUUCUUCCAGCGCUGUCACUUACGGGAACAUUAUACUGUACACACCAAGGAGAAACAGUUCUCAUGCCAAAUAUGUGGGAAGCAGUUUUUACGGGAGCGCCAGUUGAGGCUGCACAAUGACAUGCACACAGGCAUGGCUAGAUAUAUUUGCACACUUUGCGACCAAGGAAAUUUUCGUAAGCAUGACCAUGUUCGCCACAUGAUCUCCCAUUUAUCACCAGGAGAAACCAUCUGUCAAGUGUGCUUUCAGAUCUUCUCGAAUAAUGAACUUCUAGAGCAGCAUAUGGAUACUCAUCUGUAUAACUGUGGAGUCUGUGGUGCAAAAUUUAACUUAAGGAAAGAUAUGAGGGCGCACUACAACGCCAAGCAUUUUAAAAAAGUCUAGACUUUCAAAAAGUUACCUGUAUGGCAAAGAAACCAAAGGUCUAAAAAUGUAUGCAGGACCUGGGAAUCCUGCACAUCUAUCCUGUUUUUUUUAGAUAUAUGUUUUUGUUGGUAGAGUGAGGCUGCAUUUCUAAGUUAAACAGUUUACCUGUAAAAUGUAUCUGAUAACAUUAUAGUUUUUAUAUGUAUUUUAUUUUUUUUACUUUUGCUUUCUUCAUUAUUCAUAUUUGAAAACCUAUCUCAGAAACCAAUUGUAUGUAAAAACAAUAGAAUGUAUAGCAACUGCCUUUAUGCCCCUUAUAUACAUAUAUAUAUACAGCAUGACUUCUUGCCCUGUUUGCUGGUGUGUAUAAUUACUGUGAAGCAUAGCACCUUUUAUAGUAUUUUUACGCUGUUUGUUCCAAUAGUGCUUUUAAUCUAAGGCAUCCUUUUUGGUAUAAGAAGUAUACAUGGAUAUGUCUGUUUCUAUAUCAUCUUGAGAAGUUACAUAACUUAGUUUGGAGAAACAAGUGCAAUUAAAAGUUAAUAAGGAUUUCUAUUUAGAUCAGGUUAGGGUUUAACUGUGGUGCAGUAAAUUAUAGGCAUACUAUGGGUUGUGCAACAUGACAAGUUUUUAAAGAUCAAAGAGAAUCCCACUGGUAUCGGUUUUCCUGGAGUUUUCCUUCACAUAGUUUGUCCACCUUGGCUGUAUUUGCUCACAUGACUGAAGGUGAUCUUCUGGAUCCUCUUGGAUAUGUUCAGGUGAAGCCUUUAUAUUCAAUA